AUGUGGGUAACUAAAGAAGUAAGGAAAGAAAACAUCUUGGACACAGACGAAAAUAAAAUAAAAAAUAUAUAUAUCAUUGACUACCUUCAUAAAAAUCCGUACGAUGUAUGGCAGAUAGAUACUACUCCAUUUUUACGGGAGGAAUUUAAUAAAGAAACAAGUGGAAUGGACCCUAAAUGGAGAGACCAAAAAUGGAAUAAUGAUUGGAAUAGAAUUUCAGCUAACAAAGUUAAUGAUCUAUCUUCAAUAUAUCAUCGAAGUGAUAUAUCAGAAGAAGAAAAAGAAAAAUUAAUUUAUUGUGCUGAGAAAGAACUCUACAUGCUAUUCGUGAAAUUUUUAGGCGAAUGUAAGAAAGAGAUGAUAGACAAUAAAACAGGAUCCGAAUCUAAGAAUGAGAUAAUAGACAAUAAAAAAGAAUCCGAAUCUAAGAAUGAGAUGACAGACAAUAAAACAGAAUCCGAAUCUAAGAAUGAGAUGACAGACAAUCAAACAGGAUCCGAAUCUAUGAAUGAGAUAAUAGACAAUAAAACAGAAUCCGAAUCUAAGAAUGAGAUGACAGACAAUAAAACAGAAUCCGAAUCUAAGAAUGAGAUGACAGACAAUAAAACAGAAUCCGAAUCUAAGAAUGAGAUGACAGACAAUAAAACAGAAUACGAAUAUAAUAAAGAGAUGACAGAAAAUAAAUCAGAAUCCGAAUCUAAGAAUGAGAUGACACACAAUCAAACAGGGUCCGAAUCUAUGAAUGAGAUAAUAGACAAUGAAACAGAAUCCGAAUCUAAGAAUGAGAUAACAGACAAUAAAUCAGAAUACGAAUAUAAUAAUGGGAUAAUAGACAAUAAAACAGGAUCUGAAUCUAAGAAUGAGAUAAUAGACAAUAAAACAGAAUUCGAAUAUAAGAAUGAGAUGACAGAAAAUAAAUCAGAAUCCGAAUCUAAGAAUGAGAUGACAGACAAUAAAACAGAAUCAGAAUCUGAGAAAGAUAUGAGAGACAAUAAAACAGAAUGUGAAUCUAGAAAAGAGCAGGAAACAAAUGAAAUAAAAAAUUAUAAAAAAAAAAUUUCGAAAUUGAUUAUUGUUUUGAUAUUCUUAAGGAGAAUAUAA